AUGACACGAGGCGUACACAUUGGGGCUCUGCUGACGGUGUUGGUCGGACAGGCGGUGCUGUCGCUGGGCGCAGCAGUUGCUGGGGAUGCGGAUCAGGCACGGCUGGCCGGACUCUACGUCAAGGAUAGCAAUCAGAAUGGGCAGCUGCGAUUUCUGGCCUCCGGCCUGAAUAGCAAUGCGAACGGCAACGGCGGCAACAAUGGACUGAAUGCGGCGCUCAACGAGUACAUCACCAACAAGCAGGACAUGCUCGAACAGCUGCGACCCAUCAGCACCGGCACGGGCACAGGUCUGGGCACUGGCUUGGGCACAGGUCUGGGCACUGGCCUGGGCACAGGCCUGGGUACGGGCCUCGGUACGGGUCUCGGUACGGGCCUGGGCACGGGUCUCGGUGCCGGCAACGGUGCUGGCAACGGUGCUGGCAAUGGCGUCAUCAUUGUGAGCCUGGGCAAUGGCAACGGCAAUGCCAACGCCUCGCCCAUCACUACCACCGGCACCGGCAUCGGCGCUGGCAAUCAGGCGGCCCUCAAUCAGGCGAUCUUGGGCUCGUCGCCCGUCAACAGUUUGCUGCCCCAGGUCAUUGGCCAGGCCGUGGCCACCCGUGGAGGUGGCAAUCGCCGUCGUGUCCAGCAGCGUCGCCGUCGCGGCAACAAGAAGGGCAACGGCAGGCGUCGUCGCAGGGGCAACAGGGGCAAAAAUGGCAAAAAGCGGCCGCAAGUGCUCGUCGUGCGUCCGAAUCGCGGCUGA